AUGGCUCACCUUGAAAAACAAGAAACUUACCCACUCGACCCCAACUCCUACAAAAUCCUCGACGAGAUCGGGCGUGGAACGAGCGCCACCGUAUACAAAGCCAUCUGCAUCCCCAUGAACUCCUCCACAGUAGCAAUCAAAGCCAUCGACCUCGAAAAAUCACGGGCCGAUCUCGAGAACGUUCGCCGUGAAGCCAAGACUCUGAGCCUCCUCAACCACCCCAACAUCCUCCGGGCCCACUGCUCGUUCGCCGCUGGCACCUCCCUUUGGGUGGUGAUGCCCUUCAUGUCCUGUGGCUCCCUCCAGUCCAUAAUGUCCUCGUCCUUCCCCACCGGCCUGCCCGAGCCGCCGUCGGCCGAUAAGCUGCUCCGGCACCCGUUUUUCAAGGGCAACGUCAGGGGUCCCGAUUAUUUGGUUAGGAACGUUCUGCAGGGACUGCCGCCCGUUGAGCGGAGGUUUAAGGGUGCGAAGAUCGAUGAUCGGCGGCUCAGAUCGCUCGAGAAAAUGGAGUGUGAUGAUGACGAGGAUAUUGGUGAUGAGACAAUAACGAGAAAAAGGAGGAUUAGCGGGUGGAAUUUUGACGAGGAGGGAUUUAAGCUGGAGCCCGUCUUCCCACCCGAUCACGACAAAGGAAAUGUUGAAAAGCAAGUGAGUCCUGGAGAUGAGGCUGUGAUUCAAGAAAAGGAAGGCUCCGAAGCGGGCCGGUCCGAGGGGUCAAGCUCGGCCUGUUCGGUUGCGGAUUGGGGUGGCGGUGUUGAGGGGGAGGUGUUGGAGGGUUUGCUUUUUCUGAGGAGGAGUUUGGAUUUGCAGAGGCAGCAGGUGGAGAAGAUGAUUGCGUUGGUAAGUGGGGAAGAAAAUGGGGAGACGAGCAGCGAGGAUCAGAUGGCGCAGGCGGUCGAGAAGUUGAAGAUGGAUUUGCAGGCUGAAAGGAAGAAGAGAGCUGAUUUGGAGAUGGAGUUGGAGUAUCUCAAGUUGCAGCAGCGUUCCAGUGAAUAUAUUAGUUAG